AUCUGGAGUACACCAAGACACCUGUUGCUUUCACUGCACGUUCACGUUGAACCGCCAUGUCACACUACUGUUCCAUCCACCUCUCAGCCGCUCUUGAAGAGCAGAACACAUUGUGAGUCUUCUCAGGAGCGAUGGACCUGGAGAAAGGAGGCGUCUUCAUCCUGCUGUGUCUCUACAUUCCAAGCCUGAGGCCUCUCAGUCUUGACGCGUCGACGUCCAUGCGAUGGUACCCCAAAACCCUCCCGUGUAACGUCAGCUUGGCCAGCAACGGCAGUGCGGUCAUGGUGGACUGCACCGAGAAAAGUCUCACAUCCAUCCCGAGUGGCAUCCCAGGGAACGCCACCAACCUCACACUCACUAUCAACCACAUUCCUGAGCUGAACGCCUCCUCCUUCCACGGUCUGGAGAACCUCACGGAGAUCGACAUGCGAUGCAACUGCGUGCCUAUGAAGAUUGGCCCCAAGGAUCGUGUGUGCACCAAGGGCCUGACCAUUAUGGAAGACACAUUCAGCGACCUGAAGAAGCUGCAAGCGCUAUACCUGGAUGGCAACCAGCUGGACGGCAUACCUAGGGGCCUGCCUCCAAACCUCCGCCUUCUGAGUCUUGAAGCUCGGCUUUGGUCACCUAUGACCGGUGCUCAACAAUUUGGGGAUGAGGGUGUGAGAGAGAUACAUUACUUCAGGUAUGAUGAGUAUGCACGUAGUUGCAAAUACAAAGAUAAAGAGCUUGGGGUUUUUAACUCCUUUGUCAAUGCACAGUGCAGUCAUUUUGGCAAGACCUUGGACGUAAGCAGGAACAAUAUAUUCUUCCUCCAUUCAAAAUUUUUAAAUCUUGGCGAUCUGAAAUGCCUUAAUCUAUCUGGAAACGCAAUGAGCCAAAGUUUAAAUGGCAGUGAAUUCACUUAUCUCAAAAAUUUAGAAUAUCUUGACUUCUCAGCGAACCGUCUGGACCUUCUUCAUCCCACUGCGUUUCAAGAGCUCCAAAAUCUGGUCAUCCUAGACAUAAGCCUCAACAAUCAUUACUUUGAAUCAGAGGGGUUGACCCACAUGCUUAACUUCACAGAAAAUCUACCCAAGCUAAAGAUACUUCUCAUGAAUCAUAACAAGAUUUCAACAUCUACUAACACAGAGAUGAGCAGUUACUCCCUGGAGAGACUGGAGUUCAUAGACAACCGUUUAGAUAUGCUUUGGAGAGAUGGCGAUACAAGGUACAUCGGAUAUUUCAAAAACCUUUUGAAUCUACGCAUUCUCGACAUUUCUGAGAACAACCUUAACUUCAUUCCCCGCGAGGUAUUCCAUAACCUGCCAGAAGGACUAUCCGAACUAUACAUUAGAAAAAAUAUCCUCACUAAAUUUUUCUGGGGAGAUAUAGACAAGUUGACUUUGUUGAAGAUUUUAGAUCUAAGUGGGAACCGUCUCACAAGAGUUCCCAUGGUGCUUUCAAACUGCACCAAAUCUCUCCAAAAACUGAUUUUAACCGGAAACCAGAUAGAAAAUCUCUCCCCUGAUUUCCUGAAGGAUGCGUUCAGCUUAAAGUAUCUGGAUCUCAGCUUCAACAAACUAAAAUACAUGGAACACUCCAGUCUCCCUGAUAACAUUGUAAAUAAUAUGGACAUGCUCCUCCUACACAACAACAUAUUCACCUGCACCUGCAACACCACUUGGUUCAUUGAGUGGCUCAACAGCAUCACAGUCACCAUCCCCCUUCUGGCCACAGACGUGACCUGCGACACCCCGGGGGCACAGCGAGGUCGCUUGGUCCUCACGGUGGACAUGCUGGCCUGCCAGUACUACCUGUCCCUUGUGCUCUACAUCCUGCUGACGUCCACGCUGCUCGUCUUCGUCACCCUAGCCAUCUCCAGUCACCUCUUCCUCUGGGACGUCUGGUACAUCUACCACUUCUGCAUGGCCAAACUCAGAGGCUACGGCCGCCAGCCCUCGUCGCAGAGCUGCCCGUACGACGCCUUCGUGGUGUACGAGAAGAAGGACCCGGCGGUGAGCGAAUGGGUGAUGAACGAGCUGUGCGUUCAGCUGGAGGAGCGGGGGGACCGGCCCCUCCGGCUCUGCCUGGAGGAGCGGGACUGGAUCCCUGGGUGUCCGGUGGUGGACAACCUGUGCCAGAGCAUCCAUCAGAGCAAGAGGACGGUGUUCGUCCUCACCAACCGCGACAUAAAGAGCGGGAACUUCAAGACGGCGUUCUACAUGGCGCACCAGCGGCUCAUGGAUGAGAAGGAUGACGUCAUCGUGCUGAUCUUUCUGGAGAAGGCAGCGAGUAACUCAAAGUACCUGAGACUCAGGAAGAGACUGUACAGGCGGUCGGUCCUGGAGUGGCCGACCAAUCCUCAGGCUCAGCCAUACUUUUGGUUUGGCCUCAGAAGCGUGCUGGCUACAGAGAGUAACAAGCAGUACAGUGACAUGUUCAGGGAGACGCUGGUCUCACACCAUUGGCUGUCCCUCCACCAUCGUCCAACCCCCUGUCCAAUCUGGGAGCUACGUAGCAAGCUCACAUCCUGGAGCCGUAACAUAUUUGGGGGCUCGUCCGGGAUCCUCAUUGUAGGAUUCCACGUCGGGCUGGCUGUGAGGUGUUCGAUGCAGGACGCCCGUCUGAAAGUAAGGUUGGCCCGCUUGCAAAUGGAGGCUGAGCGUGAAGAGAGGCAAGCUGAGCGUGAGCACCAACUGGAGAUUCGACGGAAUGAGGCAGAGAAGGAGGUGAAACUACGGAGGUUGGAAUUGGAGGCUGCAAUGCCCACCACCCGGCGUGAGCUGCGCCGCUUCUUGGGUCUCACACCAUUGGCUGUUCCUCCACCAUCGUCCAACCCCCUGUCCAAUCUGGGAGCUUGUAUUCACUUCGCCCACAAGAGAAUACAGCUAUUAUCCAGUGCUAUAGAAUUGACGACUUUUAACAAAUUAUAUUUCGGGUCCACCACAUUCACAAUGAAUACGCCCAUCUAUUGGCCUUACCUUGUGGGUAGACUUCUUCUGUUUUUACAUCAAGGGAGUCAUACUGCCAUGUUCCAACACAGUACAAAUUGGAUGUCCCGGCAGUUUCCAUGUGAUGUCAAUGGACUAGUGUUUGACUGUGGGGCAAAAAAUCUUCGAAAAGUACCUGAAGGGAUAACCAGCAAUGCCACUGUAGUCAAUUUAUCAAAAAACAAUCUUCAGCAAAUACCAGGGAGUGCAUUUUCUCAUCUGAAAAAUCUCACUGAACUUAAUCUUAACAACGCAAAUAAGCUUGGCCUGCAGAACGCCGACAUCAAUAAGUAUGCUUUCAAAAAUCUAACUAAGCUGCUAUUGUUGGAUUUAGGUAACAAUCGUCUGACUUAUAUCCCCGGAAAUCUUCCUCACAGUCUGACAACGAUUUGGCUAAACAAUAACCGCAUCCUGGUGCUAAACAAUAACAGCUUUUCUGGGAUAAGAAAUGUGAAAAAUCUAUUCCUGCAAAGAAACUGCUAUUUGGGCAAUAAUUGCUCCAAGCAAUUGAACAUUUCAGAUAACACUUUUGCAGUUUUGACGAAGCUCGAGUUUCUGGACCUUUCCCUCAACAAUUUAACACACGUUCCAAAGGGACUACCAACAACGCUAACCGAACUGACAAUAAAUGACAACCAAAUAUAUUACAUUUCUGAAGAGGACUUUAAAGAGCUCCAUCACUUAAACGUACUGAGCAUACAUGGAAACUGCCAAAGAUGUGAAAAUGCUGCAUAUCACUGUAUAGCUUGCCCCAAUAUUUCUCUUGGAAUCCACCCCAAGGCGUUUACUAACCUUAACCAACUAAAGACAUUGCACUUAGCAGGCAACUCCCUAACAGUACUUAAUGAUUUUUGGUUUGAAAAUCUCAAACAACUGACAAGACUCUUGCUAUCAUUCAAUCUUUUAGAAAAUGCCAUUCAGGGUGAACUGAAGUGUUUUAGUAGUCUUUCAAAAUUAGCACAUUUAGAUCUGUCGUUCAACUUUAGACUUAAAACAUACCCAAAGACCGUUCAGCUGUCAAAUGCUUUUUCAAAGCUUAGGUCGCUUCGAGUAUUGCACUUGGUAGGUUUAGUUUUUAGAGAAAUAGAAUUUGAUACUUUGAAACCUCUUUUUGCGCUCAAACACCUUACUCUGCUAAAUCUAGGGACUAACUUUAUUGUUCACUGUAAUUCCACCAUAUUCAAAGAACUCCCACAGUUGCAAAACAUAUUCCUAUCAGAGAACAGACUGUAUCCAGUUUCAGUAAGUACGCCUAACCCACCUGGCCAGGGAGGAAAUGUUAAAGUCAACCUGAUUUCUUCACCACAACUGAUGGCCUACUCGUUAAAUUUUGGUAGCACUUUGGCUAAUCCAGAGUGUAUCAAAGCAGGGCGUGUGCUGAGUUUUAGCUCAAAUAAUCUUUUCUUCAUUACCCCGGAGCAAUUUGAAGGCUAUGAUAAUAUCUCAUGCCUUAACCUUUCAAGAAAUGGGUUUUCAUCUGCAUUAAAUGGGACAGAAUUUAAGUCGUUGCCAAAUCUGACAUAUCUGGAUCUGUCAUUUAAUAAGAUUGACUUGGCCUAUAGCAAUGCAUUCCAGGAAUUACAGAAGCUAAAGGUAUUGGACAUCAGUUUCAACAACCACUACUUUAAAGCCUAUGGGGUCACACAUAAUUUAGAUUUUGUUAAAAAUUUACCUGUUCUUGAGAUAUUAAAUAUGAGCAAUAAUUGUAUUCACACUUUAACUACCAAAUGGUUACAGAGUGAUUCAUUAAAAGAGCUUCGAUUUGGACACAAUGAACUUGGGACUCUUUGGAAAGAUGACUCGUACAUAAAUCUGCUUACUAAUAUCACUAAUUUGAAUAUACUUGACAUUUCAUCCAACAACAUUGUUGAAAUUCCUGAUAAGGUUUACGUUUUGUUACCAUGGCAGCUCACAGCCCUGUUCAUAAAUGAUAAUAAACUCUCUGAUUUUAAUUGGACUAAACUAGAACAUUUCAACAACCUCCAGACCCUCGAUCUAAGUCACAAUGCUAUAACUUAUGUAAGAAGCGUUACCACCCGUUCUUUAAUAACUCUGAAUCUGGCUCAUAAUAAAAUUGCACAACUGUCAAAUGGAUUUAUAGAGGGCGCCAAAAGGCUUAAAACCCUCCUGCUGAACCACAACGAGUUGACAGUUAUCAACCAGACCAACUUCUUAACGAGACCUAAAAACCUUACAACGUUGUCUUUACAUAGAAACCCAUUUCAAUGCUCAUGUGAUGCCAUGGAUUUUGUUCUUUGGAUUGAAGGCAACAAUGUCACCAUCCCAAGCCUGAAAACGGAUGUCUAUUGCUUCGUAUCCUACGGCCAUCCUCAGGUGAUGAUUUAUUUUGAUUUUGACCAGUGUGUCAAUGACCCUCUGGCACUACUGAUCUCCAUUCUCACAACUACCUUCAUCGUUGUCACCACGUCGAUGGCAACGGUGGCGCACAUCUUCUACUGGGACACCUCCUACGUCCUGCAUUACCUGAAGGCCAAAUUGAAGGGCUAUCGUUCUUCGGCCUCACAAGACAACGUGUACGACGUCUUCGUGACCUAUGACACCAAAGACCCCUGGGUCUCAGAGUGGGUGCUGGAGACGCUGAGGGUGAAGCUGGAGGUCGAGGGGGAGAAGGCGUUGCCCUUGUGUCUGGAGGAGCGGGACUGGCCCCUCGGCGUCCCGGUGAUCGACAACCUCACCCACAGCAUUCGCUACAGCCGCAAGACCCUGUUUGUGCUGACCAAGGCGUACGCCAAGACGGGGGUGUUCCGCUUGGCCAUGUACCUGGCCCACCAGCGGCUGCUGGAUGAGAACCUGGACGUGAUCGUGGUGCUGAUGUUGGAGCCGGUGCUGCAGAACUCUCACUUCCUGCAUCUGAGGAGGAGGCUGUGCGGGGAGAGUGUUUUGGAGUGGCCCCGGACUGCGGCCGCUGAGCCCUGGUUUUGGCAGAACCUCAGGAAUGUAGUCAGGGUGGACAACCAGACGAUGUACACCAGCACUUACUCUCAGUACUUCACCUGCAGCCAGGAGAGAGAGAAAGGAGGCGUCUUCAUCCUGCUGUGUCUCUACCUGCCAAGCCUAAGGCCUCUCAGCCUUGACGCGUCGACGUCCAUGCGAUGGUACCCCAAAACCCUCCCGUGUAACGUCAGCUUGGCCAGCAACGGCAGUGCGGUCAUGGUGGACUGCACAGAGAAAAGUCUCACAUCCAUCCCGAGUGGCAUCCCAGGGAACGCCACCAACCUCACACUCACCAUCAACCACAUUCCUGAGCUGAACGCCACCUCCUUCCGCGGUCUGGAGAACCUCACGGAGAUCGACAUGUGAUGCAACUGUGUGCCUAUGAAGAUUGGCCCCAAGGAUCGUGUGUGCACCAAGGGCCUGACCAUUAUGGAAGACACAUUCAGCGACCUGAAAAAGCUGCAAGCGCUGUACCUGGAUGGCAACCAGCUGGACGGCAUACCUAGGGGCCUGCCUCCAAACCUCCGCCUUCUGAGUCUUGAAGUAAACAACAUAUUCUACAUUUCUAAAGAAAACCUCUCGGAGAUCACAAACGUUGAGAUCAUCUACCUAGGUCAGAACUGUUAUUUCCGAAACCCAUGCAAUGUGUCCUACAGCAUAGAGGCUGGGGCAUUUUUACAGCUUAGCAAUUUGACAUUGUUAUCUGUUAAGUCCAACAAUUUGUCUUAUAUCCCAUCCCUGUUGCCUUUAAGUUUGAGGGAGCUGUAUCUCUAUAACAACAAUAUUGAAAAAGUCACAGAAAAAGAUUUUAAAAACUUAACUAAUUUGGAAAUCGUGGAUAUUAGCGGAAACUGUCCCCGGUGCUACAACGCGCCUUUCCCUUGUGAUCCAUGUCCAAACAACUCCCUUAAGUUACACAAGAAUGCGUUCAAAACAUUGGCCAAACUCAAGAUCCUACGCAUGCACAGUAACUCCUUGACCACCGUGCUUCCUUAUUGGUUUGCCAACUUAAAAGAGUUGAAGGUACUCGACCUCUCGUCCAACUUUUUGGCCGGGGAGGUGGCGCACUUUAACCUUCCAAAAGCCCUCUGCAACCUAGAGGAGCUGGAUCUAUCAUUCAACUACGAACUGCAGAAAUACCCAGCCACUUUGAAUCUGAACCAAUCGUUCUCCGUCCUCCAAUCACUGAAAGUGCUUAGGCUUCGGGGCUUUGUGUUCCAAUCGCUGACCUUACAGGGCAUCAAACCGCUGAUGUCUUUACCCCACCUGGAGGUUCUAGAUCUGGGCACAAACUUUAUUCAAAUGGCCAAUCUCAGUGUUCUGAUGGAGCUGAAAAGCUUUAAAAUAAUCAAUCUGUCGGAUAACAAAAUAUCCUCCCCGUCCGAAGGCCCAGAGCCAUAUAACUCGGUCUCUGCUCACCAGGCUCGGCGUUGGUCACCUAUGACCGGUGCUCAACAAUUUGGGGAUGAGGGCGUGAGAGAGAUACAUUACUUCAGGUAUGAUGAGUAUGCACGUAGUUGCAAAUACAAAGAUAAGGAGCUGGGGGUUUUUAACUCCUUUGUCAAUGCACAGUGCAGUAAUUUCGGCAAGACCUUGGACGUAAGCAGGAACAAUAUAUUUUUCCUCCACUCAAAAUUUUUAAAUCUUGGCGAUCUGAAAUGCCUUAAUCUAUCUGGAAACGCAAUGAGCCAAAGUUUAAAUGGCAGUGAAUUCACUUAUCUCAAAAAUUUAGAAUAUCUUGACUUCUCAGCAAACCGUCUGGACCUUCUUCAUCCCACUGCGUUUCAAGAGCUCCAAAAUCUGGUCAUUCUAGACAUAAGCCUCAACAAUCAUUACUUUGAAUCAGAGGGGUUGACCCACAUGCUUAACUUCACUAAACAUCUACCCAACCUUAAGAUACUUCUCAUGAAUCAUAACAAGAUCUCAACAUCUACUAACACAGAGAUGAGCAGUUUCUCCCUGGAGAGACUGGAGUUCAUAGACAACCGUUUAGAUAUGCUUUGGAGAGACGGCGAUACAAGGUACAUCGGAUAUUUCAAACACCUUGUGAAUCUACGCAUUCUCGACAUUUCUGAGAACAACCUUAACUUCAUACCCCGUGAGGUGCUCCAUAACCUGCCAGAAGGACUAUCCGAACUAUACAUUAAAAAAAAUAAACUCACGAAAUUUUUCUGGGGAGAUAUAGACAAGUUACCUUUGUUGAAGAUUUUAGAUCUAAGUGGGAACCGUCUCACAAGAGUUCCUAUGGUGCUUUCAAACUGCACCAUAUCUCUCCAAAAACUGAUUUUAACAGGAAACCAAAUAGAAAAUCUCUCCCCAGAUUUCCUGAAGGAUGCGUUCAGCUUAAAGUAUCUGGAUCUCAGCUUCAACAAACUAAAAUACAUGGAACACUCCAGUCUCCCUGAUAACAUUGUAAAUAAUAUGGACAUGCUCCUCCUACACAACAACAUAUUCACCUGCACCUGCAACACCACUUGGUUCAUUAAGUGGCUCAACAGCACCACAGCCACCAUCCCCCUUCUGGCCACAGACGUGACCUGCGACACCCCGGUGGCCCAGCGAGGUCGCUUGGUCCUCACGGACAUGCUGGCCUGCCAGUACCACUACCUGUCCCUUGUGCUCUACAUCCUGCUGACGUCCACGCUGCUCGUCUUCGUCACCCUAUCCGUCUCCAGUCACCUCUUCCUCUGGGACGUCUGGUACAUCUACCACUUCUGCGUGGCCAAACUCAAGGGCUACAGCAGCCAGCACUCGUCGCAGAGCUGCCCGUACGACGCCUUCGUGGUGUACGAGAAGAAGGACCAGGCGGUGAGCGAAUGGGUGAUGAACGAGCUGUGCGUUCAGCUGGAGGAGCGGGGGGACCGGCCCCUCCGGCUCUGCCUGGAGGAGCGGGACUGGAUCCCUGGGUGUCCGGUGGUGGACAACCUGUGCCAGAGCAUCCAUCAGAGCAAGAGGACGGUGUUCGUCCUCACCAACCGCGACGUGAAGAGCGGGAACUUCAAGACGGCGUUCUACAUGGCGCACCAGCGGCUCAUGGAUGAGAAGGAUGACGUCAUCGUGCUGAUCUUUCUGGAGAAGGCAGCGAGUAACUCAAAGUACCUGAGACUCAGGAAGAGACUGUAUAGGCGGUCGGUCCUGGAGUGGCCGACCAAUCCUCAGGCUCAGCCAUACUUUUGGUUUGGCCUCAGAAGCGUGCUGGCUACAGAGAGUAACAAGCAGACCUACAGUGACAUGUUCAGGGAGACGCUGUAAUGAAAUUACGGAUAAAAUGUAUAAAAAAUAAAAAUUGAGUACAUCAAAUCGGCAUUUUCAACCAUGAUUCAUUGGAACUAAAACAUGAACAAUAUAUGUACCAAAAAAGGGAAGUAAAAAAAAGCUUCCAUCCGCUACUUGUUUAUAGUUCUAUUUCAAUGAAGCUGCUGCAGUCUGAUUUAGUGUGUUCACUUCCCCCACAAGAGAAUACAGCUAUUAUCCAGUGCUAUUGAAUUGACAUUUAACGACUUUUUACAAAUUAUAUCUUGCUGGUUCACCACAUUCAUUAUGACGAGUUGUUGAAACAUUCAUUAAAAAAGUGACUCAUAUAUACUCUCUAAAUCUAUAUCUUUGUGAAAAUUGUUCUAUAUUUUCAUAUUUGUAAAAAUAUCUUCCAUGUCUCAUUCUAGUUAUAAUUAUUUUUUUCUAAAUACAAUAAUAUCUAACCAUGAAUUAAAGUUAUAUUAGAGAG